AUGCCUGAAUCUCUUCCGUCUGUAGUGGCCAUAACAACUACCUUCACCCUGGCCACAGCUGGCACAGAUGGUGCCUCGACCGCGCCAAUUGUUACGACGCAGGCUGUGAGCGCCCUUACCACUAUCACGACAAUGGCAACGUAUAUAUCGAGUAUCUCGAGUUUAAACACGAAAACCACAAUCACCACCGAUGUCACGAGAGUUAUUACCGAUCCUGCGGAAUAUGCCUCCCUCACAUCUGCAUCUGCUCUCGAUAGGUCUAGUCCCGAGUCCAUCUCGCAACCAACCUCGAGAUCGUCAUCACCCUCCCCAUCAACGCGGACAGCCCCAACCUUCUCAGUUCCAGGAGGAUCCUCGGGCCUGUCUCCUGGCGCCAAAGCUGGUAUCGCGAUUGGCGUGAUCGCCUUGGCGAUCUUUCUCACAGCUCUCAUACUCUUCUUCUUGCGAUCUCGGCGUCGGGUCAGACAAAAAAAUGCCAGUCUAUCGGCAGAAAUCACUCAAAAUUAUAUGAAGCCAGAACUGGAGGGGAGUCCUGGAAUCAUGAGGUUUGAGCAUGCGGGCAAACCAGAACUGUCCGCAACGACCUCUGAAGUUGUUUACGCGGACCUGGGUUCUUCGACCGCCCGAGAGUCCAUCGUCGGCGGCACAGACCCACAAAUCCCGCCCUCUACUCUAGUGAAUAUUAAUGGUGGCCGAAACGAGAGUGAGAAGGAACUUGUAAGCGCCGAAAAUCAGAACCCUCUACUGCCGCAACCUAUACAAACACCGGCAUCAAACGGCAUUGACUAUUCCACGUCACCGCGCUGUGUCGCAAGCUCGCAGAAUGAGGAGACUGCGCCAAAGUAUCUUGUUAAUCAUGCUAACCCAUUAUCUCGGAACAUCCACGGCGAUACUUCGCAAUCAUCCGUACCGGUAAUUCCCGCUGGGAGUAGCGACAUGGACGGGAGUGAGGAAGUAACAAUCACGCGUCUGAAAGCAGAGCAUGCGGCGCUGGCUAAGAGGAUUCGAUUGGUGGAGAUGAGAGAGCUGGAGCGACAGAGACAGAGGGAGAAAGGGCGGACUGGGAUAAGACGUGAAAUGAGUAUAUGGGGUACCAAUAUCGGCUGUGACGAGGCGACAUUGCUGAUAGAAACUGGCAAUACAGAAAAUCACCAUGUCAUCAACUUGGUACCUUCUGACUUUUGA